AUGCCGGAGAAACGGACAAAUCCGGACCUUGAACUCAUUACAUCUUCAGACAUUUCGCCAGCAUCAUCAAUCGAUCUUGCCAUUCGCAGCACCGAUCUACAAUUGUCCAAGGCAACCGUCCUGCAAUAUCGGGUGAGGCCAUUCUACGAAUCACUUCGACCCGCCUUCUCAAACGAAAUGGAAGGUACGCCAGUUCCGUUUCUUGUCUUUCUGGUUGACCGAUUUCACUCGGUUACAGUUCAAGUAUACGUUUUGCUGCAUACGCUAUUUCUCACGGCUUUACUAACACGUACACUGACACCUCACCGAGCAGAGAGUUUUGGCGCUGGUGUUCAUACCUGCUGCUACGGCCCAUUUCCAUGUUUAAACCUGUGUUCCCUGAGCAAAUCGUCAGUGUCUAUCCUUUGUCGCCUGCUGUAUCUCAAGUCUAUUCGGCUGUAA